AUGUCAAAACUGUGUGGUUUGAACGUUGUUCAGCUACGAGAAGAACUACAGAAACGAAGCCUUGUUACAAGUGGCAACAAAGAAGUACUAGUAACACGUCUGAGAAAAGCUCUCAUUGACGAAGGUAAGAACCCAGACGAAUUCAAGUUUGAUGGUGCUGACGAAGACAAUGAAAUUAGCACAGGCACGUUUACAACCGCUAAAAUGAUGGAACUUCUGCUUAGUAUGUCAACUGAAAUAAAACAACAGAUCAGGGAACAGUCCGAACGACAGACAGAGGAGUUAAAACAGAUCAAAGAACAGUCCGAACGACAGUCCGAACGACAGACAGAAGAGUUAAAACAACAGAUCAAGGAACAGUCCGAACGACAGACAGAGGAGUUAAAACAGAUCAAAGAACAGUCCGAACGACAGUCCGAACGACAGACAGAAGAGUUAAAACAACAGAUCAAGGAACAGUCCGAACGACAGACAGAGGAGUUAAAACAGAUCAAGGACCAGCUAAAACACGUAAAAUUAGAAGUGGCAGAACAGAUUGAAGAACAGUCAACAAGAAUAGAAAUGAUCGAGCAGAAACUUGAUCGUCAGACCGUUGAGGUAGAUCAAAAGAUAGACAAAUUGAAGCGAGAAUUGGAGCAAACCAAAAAAAUGGCCAUGCCGUUAGAUCACGCAUCCGGAAGAACUUUGAAGGUACCAGCAUUUGACGGAGAGAUGUCCUGGAACGUUUAUAAAAUCCAGUUCGAAGCAGCGGCAACUAGUAACUGUUGGAACGGAAAAGAACGAGCAACAGCACUGAUACUGGCCCUGCGAGGUUCAGCAGCAGAGGUUCUUCAGACGAUUCCGGCGGAGAACCACUUCAACUAUGAAGUUCCGGUUAGCGCGUUGGAUUUACGUUAUGGUGAAGAACACAUGAAACAGAUUUAUCGGUCUCAGCUUAGAAACAGAACGCAACGAUCUGGUGAAUCCAUUCAGCAGCUGGCACAAGAUAUCGAACGGUUGACAUUGCUGUCGUAUCCGACAUCAGACCCCGAGCAUAGAGACGAAACUGCCCUGGAUACGUUUAUCAAAGCCCUUCGUGAUUCGGAACUCAAGCAAUCCCUUCUCUUGUCAGAUAAACGAAAACUCAAGGAUGCCGUUGCGCACAGUCUCACUUUUGAAUCGGCAAAGCAAGCAUCAAAAAGUGACGUACGUUUACGCCAAGUACAUGAAGAAUGCCCUUGCCAGAAGGUGGUUGUGAAACGCGAACCUCAACAGCAUGGUGUACUCCAAUGCUGGAUUUGUGGUGAAAAAGGCCAUCUACGUCGUGAUUGUAAACACCGCCUAAAAGAUAACUACUGCCGAAAUUGCGCGACAAGAUGGCGCAAAAGAAGAGAAGAUUAUCCUGUAUCACGAUCGGCCCCUUCUAACGAAGGGACGGGAAAACUAAUAAACGCCAACUUUGUGGGGCAGAGGUUGGCUAGUAGAAUUGACGCCCCCAGUACCGUAAUUAACGUUUCCAGACUACAUCGAAAUCGAAAUGACCUAUGGCUGAACGGAAAAGUUGAUCAACGAGAAUGUGUAAUUACAGUCGACACCGGAGCAACAAAAUCGAUUUUAAGAUCUGAUUUGGUUUUUUCGGUAUUCCUAUACCUGACCAUCUUCGGUGCUCAAAUCGAUAUAUUGUGCAUGCAAGGCCGCAGCCAGGAUUAUUUUUGGGGGGCGGGCGGGCUGUCGGAAUCCUUUUUUUUAUAA